GCAGAUAUUUUUGUUUCAGAUCAACAGAGUUGUACACUCUUACACAGCCAAGUUGAACCCCAUCUAAUCAUAAUGCCUUCAGUUUUGGAUAGUUCAGUUCAGGAUAGUUAUUUUCAUGAAGUCAUAAGUGGCCCCAGUAAUCUCACUAACAGAAGGGCUGCCUCUUAGUGAGCUCCUCAAUAAUCAUCAAACAGAGUUUGAAGUCAGACCAGAUUUGGAUGAAGAUGAGUCAUUGAACAAAUUUAACUCAGCGGAGUCCUGUUUUAAUUUUAAUGAUUUGGAAACAUGAAAUAAAUUUGAAUGUGUUGGAUGAGGAAGAAGGGGAUGGAGGUGGCGGUCCGUUCGACAAGUAUCGUAAAAAAAUGACAAAGCUCAGAGACGAUGGAAAAAUAAUGAAAUCUAUUUCAAAACAGGGAUUUGGUUGCACUGUGCCAGAAAACUGUCUCGUCUAUGUCCGGUAUAAAGCAUACGUGGAGUAUCAGGAGAUUCCGUUCGACAGUACGUUCAUGCAGUCUAAUGGUUCAGGGAAUCUAUCCGUUCCCUUAAACCUUGGAAAAGGGGAAGUGCUCCCAGGCCUACACGAGGCCAUCCUCACCAUGAAGAAAGGGGAGAAGGCAGAGUUUCUGGUCCACCCAGAUCUGUGUUACGGAAAAAUGGGAUGUCCUCCUAGAAUCCCUGAAGAGGCAACAAUACUCUUCCUCGUUGAAAUAGAGAGGUUUGUAGAUUGUGGAGACAUUUAUUCAAACUUUGAUGAUCUCAGCUCGGAAGAACGUCUUCAGUUUUCCAAUAUUUACCCAAGUGCCAAAGGAUAUUAUGAAUUGGGAAAUGAUUGUUUCAAGAAAGAAAGCUACAAUAGUGCAGUCGUCAAGUAUAGACGAGUUAUCAACAUGUUGCACAAUGCCAGGUUGGCAAAUGAAGAAGAGGAAAACAAACGAAAUCACUUCCUUAUUAAAAACUACACCAACGCUUGCGUCUGCUACAACCAACUGAAAAAUUAUAAGAAAGUAUGCAUCAUGGCAGCUGAUGCAGUAAAAGUCAGUCAUCGUGAAGCUUUCAAAAACUCUAAAUUACUUUACUUGUAAGUAUUAGUGUGUAAUGGAAAA